AUGACGACCAUGACUACAAGUUCCAAAGAAGAAGUUAUUCUUAAACCAUUAUUAGAGUAUUUAUUUUACAGUCGAAAUUCAUAUGAAUUAUUAGCACUUGAUGCUAAAAAUAAUAAUUCAGAUAUACGAGACUUAUUUGAUCGUUUAGCCACUAAACGUCAAACAAUGCUAAAUACAUUAUCAGAACAUAAUGUUGGUGUUGAAAACUUAGAAAAACAAGAAUUAAUUGAACAUAGUGGUGGUGAACGACCAGUUGAUAAUGAAUUACAACAAAUUUAUAAUAACAUUAAAGAUUCCUUUGCAUCAGGUAACACACAAACGAUUUCACAGGAAAUAAAACAGGAAAAAUUAUAUUUAAUUGAUAAAUACAAACAAAUUUUACAAAAUAAACAAUUGCAACAAUCGUCGUUACCGCAAAAACUUAAAGAUUUAUUAUUACAACAGUUAAAUGAAUUAGAAGAACUUAAUAGUGAUACUUGA